AUGCGUGAUGCGUGAGCCAUCAGGGGUGUGUGGGCCGGUAUAAACCCCGGGCUGACCCUCCAUCUGGGACCUCAGUGUUGACAGCAGUGACGUGGAUCCACGCACUUCUCCGCGUCGCAUUUCACCAGUUUGUCCGAAGAGCGCCGCGUUUCCUGCCCAUCAUGUUCCCCGAUACUGCGGCUAGUUACAGCUAUGAGGAGUGCAAAGCCACAGCUGACUGGCUCCUGUCCCACACCAAGGUGCGCCCCCUGGUGGGCAUCGUGUGCGGCUCAGGCCUAGGCGGGCUGGCCGAAAUGCUCAAAGAGACGGACGUGUUCAAAUACAAAGACAUCCCUAACUUCCCUCAGAGCACAGUGCAUGGUCAUGCUGGCCAGCUGGUUUUUGGAACGCUAAAGGGGAAGCCAUGUGUUUGCAUGCAGGGCAGGUUCCACCUCUAUGAGGGCUACCCCAUCCAGAAGAUCACGCUGCCCAUGCGCGUCUUCAAGCUGCUGGGUGUGGAGACGAUGAUCCUGACCAACGCCGCCGGCGGCCUCAACCAGGACUUCAAAGUGGGAGACAUCAUGAUCAUCAAGGACCACAUCAACCUGCCCGGCUUCUCUGGAAACAACCCGCUGGUGGGACCCAACGAUGAGAGGUUUGGCGUCCGGUUCCCCUGCAUGUCCGACGCCUACGACCGCAAGCUGGUCCAGGUGGCGCACGAGGUGGGAGCCGAGCUGGGAUUCAGCGCCUUCUUGCGGGAGGGGGUGUACUGCGUGCUGGGAGGGCCCUCCUUCGAAACCAUCGCCGAGUGUCGCAUGCUCAACAAACUCGGGGCUGAUGCUGUUGGGAUGAGCACAGUCCACGAGACGCUGGUGGCUCGCCACUGCGGCAUGCGCUGCUUCGCCAUGUCGCUGAUCACCAACAUGGUGGUGAUGGACUAUGACAGCCAGGCCAAGGCCAACCACGAGGAGGUCCUGGAGACGGGCAGGAUGAGGGCGGUGCAGCUGGAGAAGCUGGUGUCCACGCUGGUGUCCCGCCUGGAGCUCAACGGCCUCUGAUGUCCUCCCGCCGCCGCCGUCCCCGACCAGCUUCCUGCCGCGUGCGCGCUCGUGGCACCGUCUUAGCGUGCUUGUCAGUGCAAAGCUUAGAGCCAACAGACUCAACACUUUAUCAGCUGGCUUCGUAGUCACACUUACCGCAAUAUCAAAUAUUUUCAUUUACUAAUGGUUAUGUUAAAUCUAUUUUUCAUAUGCAGGAAAAUCAGUCUGCUUGUUUUUUUAUAUAAAUACAUUAAUAACAGCGGGGAAAUGUUUGAUUUAAGAGAAUUUUAAUAAUAAUAAUAACAAUACUGACUACUAUUUAUUUCUUGUUUUCUUUUACAUUCCCUGACACUCCAUGAUUUUACAGGGGAUUUUUGUUUUUUUCAAUGCAGAGGACCAAGUGAUAAUUAAACCGUCAUGGGAUCAUGGUUAAAAAAGGUGCAAUUAAUAAUUUCAUGAAGUGUAACAGAGAUAUUAUAUGUUCUUAAUAUGUAUAAUAAUAUAUUUAAGUGGACUACUGUAAAAGGAUGUGGAGUUUUUUAAGAGUAGAUGUAAGUACUGUACAGUACUCUAAAUUACCAAGUUGUUUUUUUAUCAGUGUGGUUUCUUUUGUAUUUUAUAGUACUUCAAUAUUUGGAGUAUAUUGUUUUAUGAUAAUGACAGCUGUUUGUUUUUAUUACACUGCAUAUGUGAAAACACUAUGCAGCUAUCAGUUUCAUGCUCAUCAUCAGAACUCUUAGACUGCAAAUAAAACUGAUAAAAUAAAACAAUAAAUGCCUCAGCUACAUUGUAGGUGUGGCUGCCCGUAGGUUAAAUAACAGAUAUUCCAAAUUCACCAUAAAAAUAUACUUGGUCAAAGUCUUUGCAUGAACUUGCCUCUUCACUGUGUUAAAUAUUGACUGGGUUCCUGCUGUUUGUCUGUGCUUUUGGCGAUACUGUACAAAGAAGCUGUGCCUCUCUCUUCUUCUCACUCUGGGCUGCAGGGGCUUUACUUUUUUGCAAUAAAAUGACUCAACGUGAAAAGCAA